AAGUCGGUUCGUCGGGUUGUGUUGUCGUGUGUGCGUGCGUGUGUUUACUGCUGCGUCGACCGUCGACCCUCGCCACGUCCUGGUGUCUGCUGGAUAGGGUACGGUACGCGGGCGUUUGCCGUAUGUCUCUUAGUACUCUGUGGGCAUGCAUUAUAAAGCGCGUUUCAUUAUAAACGUUGUGUCUAUCCCUCAAGUGGUACGUUUUUCGUGUACGGGUACGUUCACGUCGUCGUUGAAGUGAACGACGAAACGAACGUUGGGAUUGGGAAGUGGCACUGGCAGCAGUUUUUUCGGUGUGUGUGGUGUCGGUACUGCCGAGUGCCGUGUGUUGUUUGCUGCCGUCGGUCGUCGUCGUACCACCGGAGCGUUGUGUGCGUGCGUAUAUUACACGGUUUCGUGACGACGACAUCCAUAGUGUGAUGCGGCAGUGUUAGCCGACUUCUCGGUACGAAAUUUCCCGACGACGACGACGUCGGUGGUGGACUGGGGCGCAUCGAGCCUUCUCGCGCGAACGCCAACGUCAAGAAGGAAGAAAGCCGAAGCCGAAUCCGAAUCCGACGAACAGACGCAACGACCGUGGUAGGAUGCGGGUGUACUCGACGCUGCUGCUGCUGGAAGUGGUGGAAUAAGCGGUCGGUGGCGGAGUUUUUGUGCUUCGUUGUUUGGUAGAUUUCCGGUUUUCGCGUUGUGAUCGUGUGGAUAUAGCGUAGUGUAUAGCCUACGUAGCGUAGUCCUGAAAGGGAAUUUUUUCCACUCUCCUCUAUUCCUGCCGCCGUCUUUCUUUCUCAACAGUAUUUUUUCCUCACCAUUUUUCUUGGCCGCGUUUCGUCGGCGGUUCCCUUUUUUCCCACUCUUUUGCUCUCCGUCGCUCUUGUUGUUGGCAGGUCAAAAAAUACCACGUAGUACGGGGUGUUCGAGCGAGUGUUUUUUUCUGUUUCGUUUUCGUUUACCUCGCGAUCAAGUCUCCCCGAGUUGGAUUGUUUUUCCACGCUUUUUGCCAUUCCUUUUGCCGGUCGGUGGUGUUGGUCGAUUUGUCGCUCUACGGUAUAGUUUUUCUUCUUUGCGACCCAACAACGUGCUACACUAGUGAACUUGGUUAUUGCUAAUCAAGCAGGUGUGAUCGCUGCUGAUCGGGUUCGAAUCGCAUACUUUCGUCUCGUGUACGUAUACCUACGUGAUGUGUGCACAUGGAUCGUAGUUGCAGUGCUGCAGACGAAGAGGGGGCAAUAAACGAUCGACGAGUCGAGUUUUACGAGAAGAUUGAAUUCACGACCUGCGAUGAUUCGUACUCGAGAAUAAAGAUGCCUCGGCGCCGCCAUAGAUAAUUAUUAUCGCGGGACAACCCAUAAUAUUGAAUAUUUUUGACACCGCGCGAUAUGGACGAACAAAAUCUAGGCAGAGGAAGAGGGCAACGAGGUGGCCCCGACUACAUGAAAGACAUAGAAGAGGCACAUUACGGUUCGACAAGCGAGGACGACGAUGACGAGCCCAGACUACGUAUCGAUACCAGCGAAGAUGAAGGCGACUGCAGUGCGCCGGAUAAUUCGUUAUCGUCGUCGUCAUUCCCUAGACGGAGGAAACCGCCGAUAACGUUUAAAUUGAAAAACCACUCGGGUGUCGCAUCCGGCGGACGCGGUGCGGGAAAAUUCGACGCGAAAAACACGAAUACGAAUCCGCUGCAGAGUUUGCAGCAACUAGUACAUAGUCCAUUUUUAAACGCGCAGAUCUCAGCCGCCGAUGGUGGCGUUAAUCAAGGCUGUAAAAUUAACCCCUUAGUUAGAGAAAAUCGCUCAAAACCGAAUUGCGAUAAUCGAUAUUCGCCGGAUAGUUCGCAAGCGACGUUAGUAGCGGCUGCCGAAGCGAUACGUAACAUACUCAGUAGCAAUAGCAGCAAUAACAACAGCAGCAGUAACAACAACAACAUUAGCAACAUCGGUGCCAUAAACAGCUUUGACGUAUUACCGCGUCCUAAGUCGUCUAACGGCGGCAACGGUGCCAAAAGUAGAAAAUCGUCGAAUGCGGCAGCUAAACGCAAUAAUAAUAAUGCAAACUUUCAAAGACUAUCGCCGGUAUCGAUCGAAGUGGUGCCGUCGUUAUCGCAUCUAUUACCUUUGUCGCAGCAUUCGCCUCCGUCACCGCAAACGCCUCAGCAGCCUUUUACGGAAAAAUGUGAUACUAGUAGCAGCAAUAGCUACAACAACAAUAACAACAACAGCAGCAGUGGUAGCGGUAGCGGUGGUAGAACGUUGAAUUCGAACAGACUCAACUACAUAGUGAGCAAACUACAAAGGUCGGCUACCGAAGAAGAGCAUCUGCGCCAGUUACAGCAAUUGCAAUCGUCGCCGGAAGCGGAGAAUUUCAAGAUGUUUCAACAGUUCUUGAAAUCGGGCCAAUUUCAAGCGCGUUGCAAUAACAAUAAUUUAGAAAUAUUACCGGCUACGUCGGCAGGCACGGUGAAUGCUGCUGCUGCGACCUCGAAUCCUUCGAAUAAUAUGAUCAAUUUAACCAACAGCAAAGGAUUCAGAUACGUUUCGUCGAACGCUCAGCCGAAAUCCACGUUCGGUAACUUGUCGACGAAUACGUUUCCAAUGGGACCUCUACCACCACCACCUCCUCUGACGUUCAAAUCGUCAUCAUCGGGACCGGAAUUCGGCAACGCGAUGGCCGCAGAUGCGAGCAAAAUGGAUUUCAGGAUGCCUCCGGCGCUAACGGUGAUACCGAAAUCGAGCGGCGGCGGUAAGAAGGCGAAUUGUAGACGAAGUCCACCGCCUAUGGUUCCUAUCGAAAGUAUAGCCAAUUUCCGCAAACCUCUUAACGAAGAUAACGUCGUGUACAGGCUGAAAAAGCUCGGCACCGAUAUCGAGCUGGAAAAGAAUACGGCUUCGGCGUCGUUAUCAUCGUCGCAGCAAGACGAUUUCUGCGGCGCAGCUGCGAUGGAAGAUAUGGCUGUUAAGACGAAGGCGGCGACCACCGCGUCAGUUACCAAUAACACUAGUUGUAAUAGUAAUUAUAGUGAUAAGGCUAGUUUACCUUUUUUGAAACCUAUACCGAUCGGCGAAAGGUCUCACGACGAUAUUAAAAAUAUGAGCAAACUACAUCCACCGCCGCCUAGUCUCAUACCAAUCAAACCGGCCACCACGCAGUUCGUGCCGAUUAUGCAAAGCGUUCCGCAGCAAAGUACCAUAAGCGAGGUGCCGAUUAAAAUGAAGAAAGGAUCCGGCAAUCGUCGCGUACCCAGCUUCGUAUCGAUUCUGCCCAAAAUGAACGUAAACCAGAACGAUGUGCUGGAUAUGGCGGCCAGAAUCAGAAUGAAUUCGGGUAUGGGACCCGGCUCAGCGUGCAACGACAGAGACUUCGCCGGUAACGUGCCUAUCUUGAUGAGCGGUCAACCGGCUUUGGAUUUUUCGCACGUGAGAAACUCGCUGCCCACCAAUAAAGUAACCAAAAGAAAGAAACGUAACCGUUUGAGUACCAAAUCGGAGUACACGAGGUUGGCUCACGCUUUAGUCCAAGCAGCUACGCCGUUACCGAAGCAGCAGCCACAGAAAGACGACAUCGAUAGACCGGUAUUAGUUCCUAUUCGUAACGAAUCGCCACCCAAAGAAUUAGAUUUACGCGAUGUCGAACGAGAAAUAAUCACCAUCGAGCCGAUACUCAUACCGCCGAGUAGACGCGAAUCCGAAGAAGACGAAGACGACGUCGAUAUGCCCAACGACUUGUCGCCCUAUCAAGCCGAACAAUUCGUCCACGGGCCGGAUUGUUUUUCGGAAUCGGCGCAGCCGCUACCGCCGCCCCUCAUACCAGCGCCGUCUUCGUCGUCGGAUUAUCAACAAAACGGUGGAGCCGGCGAAGCAGUGGUCGACGAAAGAGAAUGCUUCUUGUUUAAUCCGAGUCAAGCCAUUCAAGUCGGCCUGUUACCAAACGGCCGGAAAAUGUUGUCUUGCGACAUUUGCUCUGGCGUAUACCAUAAGAUGUUCAGUUUGAAGAAACACUAUUAUAGGAAUCAUAUUAAUCCGAAAUUCAUCUCGGUCAAGCACGCGGAUAUGUUCAAAGUGUCGCCGAUCAGCUCGGCGUUGUCGAGUAAUCCUAAAAUCAACACGUCCAUGUACUGGUGCAGUAUUUGCGAGUGCUUAUUCGACGAGAAACGCGAGCUUAGCUCGCAUUUGACUGAUCACCCGCCGUUAACGUUGGAGAACUCGAACAGAACCAGUAGUCGACUGUACGUGUGUCCUACGUGUAACACGGUCUUCUCGAAGAAACGUACUCAAGUGAGACAUUCGAAAAAAUGUGCCAAAUUGCAUAAAACUGCGGAUUCAGUUACCACCAACUCCUCAACCACCACCACCACAACAACAACAACUGGUUCAGCUGCAGCUAAUACCAUUAUUAAGCAAGUGCCGACCAUUCAAGUAGAUUCGCCCAAAAGCGUCGACAACGGGCAAGACGACAAUGCAGCCGAAGAGACGAAUAGUACGACGUCUUCGAAAAACAACGACGAUAUAGCGGAAUUAGACGAUAUACCGUCGUCCAAGAGUACCAAAUCUGCGGGUAUGUCGAUGAUGUGCCUGUUUUGCGAGCUUUCCUUCACCGAUACGACCAAAAGAAAGAAACACGUGCUGCAGCAUCAUCAUCCGAAACGGAAACAGCAGCCGUGCGUGUACUGUAAAAAUAAAACGUUCAGCGAUCUCAGCGAUUUACUAAAGCAUAUUUGCGAAAUGCAUAGUAAACGGUAUUUCGGAUGUGCCAUAUGUAAGAUUAGGUUCCGUACCAAGGAGGAUCUAGUCGCUCAUAACGCCGAAUCCCAUGAUGGUGAUAUUACCGAUAUCGACAAGGAGCCUAUUAUUGAGGAUAAGCCUAAACCCACCACAGUAUCGAAUAAAAAUGGAAAAAAUUACAAAUGCAACCAGUGUACCAAAGUGUUCAUCAAUACAGUGGAGUUGGGACGUCACCGCAAAAGCGCACACCGUGAUUCUAGUCGAAAUAACAUCAAGAAAGUCGUAUCCGCGUUCAGCGUCCCUAACGAUAGUAACGAACAGCAGAAAUACCGAAGUACCAUCAUUACAACCGCUGAUUACGAAAGCGAGUUUUACAGAAAUGUCAGCCAUAACGUGAAAAAUAAUUUAGAAAACUUUAUGGAAGGACGAAUAGAAAUGAAAAAGGAAGAUAACCCACCAGAAGACGCGAACGAUCCGCGAUACGCUGAUUUACCCGGCGGUAUCGAGGGUGCCAAGGAGAAAACGGAAUCGUUGAGUUUCCAGGAUAUGUACGGUACCGAGAACAUCGAUAGCAGAUUUAUCCAGAACGUUUCGCGAUUACAUUUGGCCACCCAGUUGACCAUGCUGCGGAAGGCUAAUUUACUCGAUAAAGAGCUAGAUUGCCCGUUACGUUCGUCGGCGAAUGCGAAGCCGGCUCGCGUCAGUCGAAAUUCAACUAUCGCCAGUCAUCUAGCUUUGGCCGAGAAAUCAGAUGGAGAACGUGCCGAUGACGAGGCUAAAAACGAAAAUGACGCUGCUAACGAAAUCGUAUUCACCGGAGAAUGGAUUCGGGCGAGGAAUUACAUAUGCGGUACGUGCUUCGCAAGGUUUAAUAAUUUCUGGGAUAUGGAAGAUCACCGAUGGAGUAGGCAUCCGAAUGUGUACGGAUUCUAUUACGAAUUCGUCACCGAACAAGCUCCCGGCUCGAAUUGGGCGAUGAAGAGAAUGUUACAAAAUAACGGCUCGUUAGGGUUACCAAUCAAACACUCUGUGGCUGCGUCUUCGACGUGUACCAAGUGUCAAAAAUCCUUUACUCCGGUUAGCGAAUUUCAUAAGCAUAUUUUAGAAUGCGGAGGCGAUACUACGUGGAUGUCGAUGAUGUUCGCGGCGCAUACGAAGAGAAAUAAGAAAUACAGACCUUACGGUAGUAGACGUAGAAAGAAUGUUGCUCGACAUCGUGGUUUGAAACGUAAUAUUCCGACGACACCGGUCAAAAUAAUAGGUCCUCCGAGGAAUAGACAAAAGGCUGGCGAUACUGAAACGAUCCAAAGAAUGAUCGCCAAUUUACCACCGAAGAGGAUUACCAGACGUGUUAUCACUUUCGAUGACGUAGAAGCUAAACCAACAAAGGCUCGUAUCAACAAAGACUCGUCUUCGCAAAGCAACAUUUUGACGAGAAAACGCAAAGAAAGCUUGGACGUGGUGAGAAGCACAGCUUCUUCAUCUACGAGAAGUCUACAGCAAAGCGAAUCUAAAGAAAGCGUUACCCCCAGUAAAACGUUACUGGGAACUAAGAAUAACACACCGUACAAUAAUAACGCUACUGCGAUUUCGAGAAGCCGACACGAACAAAACAAAACGAACUCGGCAUCGAGUAAAGACCAACUCGAAUCGAAACCCGUACUGGUGGUGCCGGAGGAACCCAAAUCCAACCAGAUUCAUUUACGAUCCGACAGCGCACCGGAAACAAGAAGCGCCGCUGCUGCGGUGAAAUCAGCAUCGUCGAGUGUUAAAAAUAAACCCGUUCAAAUUGAGACUGAAGACAUCAAAGAUGAAAGUUCAGCCGAGCCGGAGAUCAUCGCAGUUAAGCCAUCUACCUCGAAAAAUACCAGAACUGCCAAAACUACCCAAGCUAAAGAUACUGCUACAGCUUCAGUUACCACCACUUCAGAUACGCCAGAAACUGAAACCAAUUCCACUAAACCAGCGCCACCGCCUUCGAGAUCGUCUAGAUCGUCGAGUAGAAUCGAAUCGCAAACCGAAGUCGAAAGCAGUCUCGAGCAAGCUAAAGCUAAACCAUCCUCAGCUAGCGAAGAAAUCAGCGUUCCUACGGUGGUUAAAAUCACCACUCAGUCUAAAAGUCAAACAUCGGCUAAUAAACCUCAAACCGAAUCGGAACACGAACCGGUUUCAAUUCGAAGAUUACGCGCUAGCGAUGAAACGAAUUCCGAGCAAAACGAGUCGGUUUCGGAAUCGAAGAAGACUGAGUCGUUAUCGAAUUCCGAAAUUUGUUCGAAAUUGGAAUUACGAAGCGGUUCCGGAUCGAGAAAGAAACCAUUGAUUAUCAAGAUCCAAGGCGACGGUAAACAGAAAACAUCAUCGAGUGAUCAACCGGUCACCAUUAUUAGAUCGGAUAAGAAGAGAAAGAAGAGGUGCACGCCUGUCACGUCUAGAAGAUUGACAGCUGAAGCGACGCCAUCUUCGGCGCCGGUUGUUGAUAAACAAACUGAAGAAUCGCCUUCAGCUCCCGAGAAGGAAUCGGCUGCUGCUGAACCGCAGCCUAUAAUCAAGACUGAGGAAUCUGAAGAGUCGCCUGUUGUGGCUGAGGCUGAAAAUGCGGAUGUUGACGUGACCCAGCCGUUGACACCCGAAGUGAAAACAGAAGAAUCUAGUGAAUUGGCCGUUGUUUCUGAAAAGCCUGUUGUCGAAUCGGCACCGUCGCCACAAUCUGAAGUCAAGACUGAAGAAUCCGUAGAGUUGCCCAUCGAUUCUGAAAAAGAAGUACUCGAAGUCUCGAACGAAGUACCUGAUACUUGUGAAAAGGCUAGUGUCGAAACGACGCCGGAAAUCGUGCCCGAAGAAGUUGAAACUCCAUCUGUAGAGACCGCCGAAACGACACCAGAAGUUACGACUGAAAAAUCUGAAGAUUCGUCUUCAGUGUCUGAAACGACUGCUGUUGAAUCGACACCGGAGGUCAAGACUGAGAAAGUCGAAGAUGUGCCUUCAACGUCCGAAGAACCGAUCACCGAAACGAGACCAGAGACUACGACUGAGAAACCUGAAGAUCUACCAGCGGUAUCUGAAACGCCGGUAGCUGAAAUAGCGACAACGGUAAAGACUGAAGUACUUCAAGAUACGCCUGCUCCGGUUGAAAAAUCAACGAAGCCGGUUGCAUCAAAGAAAACUAAACGCAAAUCAGUAGCUGCCGAAACCGAUGUGAGAGUGAAAACUGAAAUCAAGGAAGACCCCAUUCCGGCUGUCAGCUCUGUUACUACCGAAUCACAAACCGAGCCGGAAACCGAAAUCGAAUCCGCUGCCUCUGCUACCGCCGACAUUAAGCCAUCUGUCGAAGUAGAAGAAGGUGAAAUUGAUCUGUCGACCAUCGAACCAGCUGAAGAGGAUGGUCCUGCGUUACCUGACACUUCGGUUAUUCUGGCUGCGAUGAAAGAAACGAUGCGACAAACCGAUGCAGUCAUCUCUAGAAUGCCGAUCGCUGUAAAUUCGAGUAAAAAACGUAAACGCGAUGAUCCAUCUAAAUGCAAGAAAUGCGGCUGCAGAAUGGAAACGUCGACGAAUACGACGUCGAUUUGCGAAAGCUGCGUCGAAGUACCUGCCAAGAAAUCGAAAUCAGUCACCGCGCCAGCGCCGACUCCGGCUCCAGCUCCUGCUCCAGCUCCGGCUCCUGCUCCUGCUCCUACUCCUACUCCUGCCCCUGUGAUAGAAACGUUCGCUUGUAAAGUGUGCCGCGUCGCUGCUCCUAAAAAGACACCCAGUGCGGAGGAAAUCUGCGAUAAAUGCGUUGCCCAAGCAGCUGCUUCUGCUGCCACUUCAACAGUCACUGCGGCUGCUGCGAUUCUGAAAAACGAUAAACCAACUGCGAAGAAAUGCGCGUCCAAGUUCAAAGAGACCAGAAUAGUGCCUCCGCCUCCGUUCCGGUGUCGAAAAUGCGAUUCGAUCGGUUUAGCUCCCCUGGACGGUUCGAUGUUCUGCGAAAAAUGCUCCAGACUCCAAGAGACGAUCUGUUUGCUGUGCCAGUCGAGCUACAUUAGCGACACGAACGAUAAAGUUUGCGGUAAAUGCAUGUUGGCCGGCAGUUCGAAACAGAAGAAGAGAACCUUGAGUAACAACGACGCCCCAGCCAUAGUUACCAGUACCUGUGAUAAUUUGGAAAGAAAACCGACGACCGGUCAACCCGACCGAGCUGAGAUAUCGUGCGAAAAAUGCGGUAAAAUGUGGAAAGACGACGAGAAUUGCGGUGGCUCGAUUUGUCGUCCUUGUCGUCUCAUGCACGAGAACAACAAAUCGCCCAGAGCGACUACUUCGAAUACGGAUCCAAUUCGAAUACCUGAAACUGCCAAAGGAGAAUCUAUCAGGUGUAUCGAUUGCAGUAUCGUGGUCGUUCCUAUGUCUGCGGAAGCUACGCUCAAGAAAUUAUGCGACGGAUGUUUCGGUCGUCGAAACGAACGCAGAUCGUCGAACGAAAUCAGAUACCUGGAUACGAUCAAUCCGCUAGCUAGAUGUAUUGGUAUUCAAAGAUCUCCGAAUGUAUUCAGCGGAUUCGCUAAUCCGACCGAUGACGCGGUUAGGAAUAUGGAACAUCAUAAAGAAGAAGAGAGACACGGUCCGGUGAUUCCUGGGUCUUCUCCUGCUGCUGCUGCUUCGACCACCGAGCAGAAGACGCCUAUGAAGAAUGUGAAACUCAUCUGUAGAGGUUGUUACGGAGUUUUCGACACAGUCUCUUCGUACAAAUACCAUUGCGAUAAUUGCAAACAUCGCAGUAACGAGAAAAAACCAUUGCUCAGCUUCGCCAAACGCAGCAACAAAAGCGGAGCCGAAUCCACCUCGCAGACGGAGUCAAACAACGGCGCAUCGUUCGAGAUCUUAGAAGGAGUACAGAUCAAAUACGUCGAAAUGGCCGGUGCCUCGCAAUCCGAUAAAGCCGAAGCUGGCAAAGAAACGUCGCAGAUACCGUUGGUGGUUUACGAAAGCGAUAGCUCACCUAUGAAGAAAUCAGACCCCAAUCGAACGGUCAAGAAACACAAACGAACCCAUUCGUCUCCCGAUACCAUUAUGGAUACCAUCGAGAGUGUUAUCAGAAGCUUGCAUUCGUCUCCGGAAACUGUCAUGGAUACGAUCGAGAGAGUAGUGAAGAGUACGCACUCGUCUGACGAAUCGAUCGAAGACGUGUGUACCUCCCUACCGCCACUACCCGAUGAUGCCCAAAGUACACCAUUGAGCAAAGAUCCAUCGAAACCUACGCUGGAGAAAUUCAAACCGGAACCUAAAGACGACGAUGGAAACGAUGCCGGCGACGAAGGCGACGACAAAGAUAAAUCAUCGUCGAAGAAAUCCGCUUCCAGGAGUAAAUCUUCGAAGAAAAAAGCGCCCAGGAAGAGAAAACCUACGUCGAAAAAAUCCGCCAAACGGGCCGAAACGUCGUCGACAACCGACGUAGAUCUUAAAGCAGAAAUUCGAGACGAAGAGACCCCUGUGAAAAACGAACCAAUCGAGACGAAUCAAGAAUGCGGCACCGACGAUGUCGAAAAACAAUCGAGUAAACGAUCAACGUCGCCGAUUAGUCGUCAAUCCGGAGUUUCGAGCGAUAGAGAGGUUAGACGUUCUAGCCGAAGAACAUACCCGACUACUACCACCAAUCCAGCUGGUCGAACUCUUAGAUCGAGAACGAAAUUCCACGAAAAUCUGAGCGACUUGAAUGCCGCCGAAAUAGAAGAUAUUAUGAAUACAGAACCUGAACCAGAACCGAUGGACGUUACCGAUCCGGCUAGCGAAACUACGCUGCCACCACCAUCUUCACCACCUCACCUACUACCAGAAGUGGUAGAAGAAAAAGAAGUAGUCGAAAAACCACCACCACCAGCAACGUCUACUAAAGAAAGCGCUAAAAAACGUAAACGCGAUUCGAGUAAAAACGACGCAAAGAAAUCCAGAACCGAUUCCAAUAACGAUUUGGGUUUCGCCGUAACCAAAACCAGCAAAACGAUUCCAAAAAACGCCAAAAAGAAUUCCUCGAACGAUGCAAAAAACUUUGAUCAGUCAGACGACGAAAUGGAAUCGUCGUCUGUCUUGAUGAGUAAAACGAACGUCGUCGCUGCUGAACCUGUACUCGCGGAAAACGCCAUCGCACGUCGCAGAAGCAGUGAUAUUUCGGCCAUCAGCGGUCUCGUCGAUGAUUGGGGCACCGAAUACGAAUCUCGCAGGAAUUCAGCGGUCACAAAUGCAUCGUCGGUUGACUCGAGAGUCGGCGAAUUCCGUUCUUUUUUUGACGAAAGCGGAUCGGACUGUGCGGAAGGGCAUCCGUCGAAAAACCCAACUCCAUCCUACAGUUACGACGAUGUGAAUGGCAGUUCGUAUCCUGAACCUAGCGAUAGUCAGGAAGACGGAAGACAGAGCAGCUCGUGGUAUACGAACGCUUGGAAUUUGUUGGGCCAGAAAUCGCUCGGGUCUAUUAUCGAUACGAUGAAUGAGAUCUUAUCCAGGCCAGAAGUGUCGUCCUAUUCGACCGAGUCAGUUGAUUUGUUCAGAGAACAGAUGAUGAUGUUUCAAGAUCUAGACAGAGAAAUGAACACCAUUGAAAAACAGGAAGAAGAAGAAUCGAAAGAAGAUGAAGAAACUACUACAUUCCUAGAUUUAGAUGAGGUUUCAGGCAAAGGGCACAGUGAAGAUAAAUCAAAGUCUGCCGAUGAUAGUUUUUCGAGUUUGAAUACUUUCGGCUUGAGUGAAGAAUGCGAUAUCUGUGAUCAAACGUUUUCCGAAGCCAGUGCCUUGAAAAAUCACAUGUCUACUGUGCACGGUUACGAAAGCCCGAGUAAAAAUUGCAAAUAUAAUAAAUUCAAGUCCAACAAUAAAGGUAGUCCAAACGGUAUGAACAACCGUAUAAAACACAAGUGUUCUCAUUGCCAGAAAGUACUGAGCAGCAAAGCGGAGUCUCUGAUGCAUAUCCAAGAACACUGGAAAUCAUUUGCAUCGUGUAAAAGUAGCAGUAGUAGUAGCGGUAACGAAAAUGGCAGUUUGAAAAAUUCCAUCGCCGGUAAACUGGAAGAAUUAUUAUUAGAUAAAGCUCUGAUGAAUUAUUUGAAAUCGCCCCAAGAAACUCAAAAUCGUAAUAGUUUACCUUUGAAAAUACUAAACCAAAUCACCAUGGCGAAGAAAAACCAAUUCACUGGCUGGAAAACAGCUCUGGCUCAGAUGUUGGACAUGGAUGUCGAUUCGCUACCCUCUACUACCACCACUACCGCUUCUGGUCCGGCUUCGCCUGUCGAACAAGCUCCAGUACCGGCUCCUGAGCCUAAACCUAAACCCAAACCUAAACCAAAAUCAUCGCCGGUUGAGAAAAAAUCGCAAAGUACAGAAACAUCAACGAAUACCGAACCGGUUGACGAAUAUCCGUGCCCUAUGUGCAAUAAAACGUUCCAGUAUACCAGGCUGAGAAAUACUCAUUUGAUUAUGGUUCACGCUCCUCGAAAAUCCACCCAUAAACCUGUUACAGAAGGACAAAAUGAUUCGAAGAAGGCAGGAAAAAAUAAAUCUUCGAAUGAAAACUGUGAUAAUAAGGUUCACACCGAAGUGGCGCGAAAGAAAAUAUUCCGUUCCUAUUUAUUAAACGACAGCGUUAACACGGUAAUGAAAAAAGAUUCGCCGGACGACCCGUUACCACCUCCGAAAAAGAGUAGCAGCGCUUCCUCCUCGUCCUGCUCAACGUCCACAUCAACUGUCACCGUCGGUUCGACGAAAAACCCGAAAAAGCCAGAAAACCGUCCGGUUACCUCGAAAUCAGAAACGUCGACCAUCGCAUCUUCCGCUCCGUCGUUAAUUUCGACGACGACGACGUCAACAACAACAACAGCAACAUCAGCAACUAUGCCCACCUUGACAGCGGCUCCUUCGUCGGCAUCGACCUCCACAACUACCAAACCUAAUCCAAGUCCUACGACGACUUCAGUUGCUGGUGCUGCUGCGACUACAAAACCAUCGAGCAACGCUCACGAUCAGCCUAAUUCUAGGAGAAAGAAACCUUGUCGUAAGAAGAUGUCGAAAAAAGAGAUAAAUCUACCAGCAGCGAUUGUUAAAAUGAAAGCGGAGCAGGCUUUAUUGCAGCUGUGUAAUAGUCGUUUUAGUAGAAUUGUUUCGCAAUAAUCAGUCAUUUUUUUUUGUAUAAUUUUUUCAUUUUUUUUUAGUUUUCAUUUUCUUUUUUUGUUUUUGUUAUUUAUUUAUUUACCGUUCGUUUCUAGCUCGUGUUUUUUCGCUCUAUUCUUACAUGAUUAGUUUUAUGACCCUCUUCGAAAGGCUAUAGUUAUAUUUAUUACUUUUUUGUCGCAUUUAUCGUUACGUGAAUGAUGAUUUUUUUAAAAGUUCCUUUUUCCAGAGUCGAAGGAUUUAAUAAUAAUAUUAAUAUUGUGUUAAUAUUGGAACUACGAGAUUUUUGUAUUAUGACGCGAAUUGAAAUUUUAUCGAAUUUACCGAACAAAUUCAUAUAUUUUUUUUUUAACACACAGGGUAUCGUAUGUCUCAGGAUAAUUAAUUGUAGAUUGUUGCUUUUUUUCGUUUUUUUUGCCCUUAAGAUAUUUAGAUUUUUUUUUUGAUUUACUCCUCGCGUAUAAUGUAAUAUUGUGCUCUUAUGAAAUACCUAUUUAAUGUAUGUACAUAUUUUUUAGAACGGCGAGUAAGAGUUUCGUGUUAUUCGCUGAGUCAGUUUCAUUUGACGAUUUGAAACUGUUUAAAUUUAAUUACGAAUUUUGAUUGUCCGAAUUCGCGAUACUUUUUUUUCGUAUAUUUUUCCAGAAUUUUUGUACAGUGAUUGUUUUGUAUGUAUGAAAAAUUAUUACGUAUACGAAGAUUUCGAUUUGUAUAUUUAUUUCUUUUUGUUUCGAUUUGAUACGUGUUCGUUUUAAUAUUUCUUUAAUUAUGUUUACGAGUAUAUUUUUUGUAUAUUUUUUCCAUCGCGUAUGUGAUCUUAAGUUACUGUAACGUGUGUUCACAUUUUUUCUCCCCUUUCUCGUGUAAUAUUUUAAUUAUAUGAACUAUACGAUGUAAUUAAAUAAAUUUUGAAUAUUGAU